AUGCCAGGCGCCAUGACAGAGACCUCUGCAGGAAAGAAUGGAUCAUACCUGACUGCCAAACCAGAGGACCCUACAGAGGCGGAGCAAAAAGAGCUCAAAUCUGAGCUCAGUAAAUUGGCGGCGGAAAUUGUAACCCUACGCCAUGCGCUGGCAGCCAAAGAGAGACGCUGCGUGGAGCUCAAGAGGAAGCUGGGACUUAUGACCUUGGCAGGGUUGAGGCAGAAUCUCUCCAAGAGCUGGCAUGACGUUCAGGUCUCCAACGACUACAUGAAACAAAAGACAUCAGCUGCCCUGUCCACCAUGGGCUCUGCCAUUCGCAGGAAGCUUGGAGACAUGAAGAAGUCAGCCACAUUCAGAUCCUUUGAAGGGUAG